GGUUUUUUAGUGCUUUUUAAUCAACAUAAUUUUUAUAUUUUACUAUUAAAAGGCACUUUCUUUUCGAAUUGUUAAGAAAGCGGUCAAGUUGUGUGAUGAAAAUUUCAAGUUAACAUGGGCGACGGAUUAAAAAUAACAAAAGAUAAGCGUCAUAGAAGUUCUAGUAGUCUUGCAGGAGGAAAUAUUGAAGGGACACGUUCCGAACGAAAAUUGGAUAUAAGGGCAUCAAUACCGGAGGUAGACGAUCAAUUCGCAUUAGCCGAAGCGAGGUGCGAUGAUUUAAAAGAAAAAAUUGAUACAGUCAAAGGUCUUAAAAGAAGACGAAAACUUAAAAAACGGAGUAUGACACGCGUAAGUGAUCAGACAGUUGCUGGUGAAAAUAUUCCGUUUAUAAGUGUUCGGACUCAACCAAAAAAGAUUUUGAUGGUUACAGAGGUGUCCCCGCAGGCGGCUAGGUUGAGAAGACUGGAAUUGCCGGCUAAUCCAACCCGAGGCUAUUUAGAUCCAGCUAUGGUCGAGCAGCACGAAAUGGUUGGACAGGUGCGGGGUUACAACCAGAUGUUUCGUCAACCACAGCGUGCACAAGUAAGUUCAGCGCGAAAAUCUCCGAAAGUAAGACCGAUGUCCCGGGGUCAUCCUGAAGGAGAUGCUGUAUAUGAGAUUGAUUCAUCGACGGACAAAUGUGAGCCUCAAGAGGUGGCCUGCGGUGAUGAUGAAGUGAUUCAGGAUAUCUCUGACCAUAAUGACAGUCAGCACUACUACGAUAAUUUUCCUGGGAAUAUAACUGUCAAGAAGAAAAAAGGCGAAAUUAAAAAAGGCUAUGGUUCUCGUCGACGUAAUAAGGAUCCAGUUAUCAAUCAAAUUCCUUGGUCUUACGGUCAGGAUUACUCUCAGGACGCCAAAGUAUCACCGCGAAAUCGCCGACAAGCGUCAAUUCAGCAAAGCACAGUAGGUACAGGGGUGAGUAAAGAAGAGGAGAGACCUGUUGUUGAACUAUUUAACAAAAGCCGUGGAAGCACCUCGCCAGAGUCGUGGCAACGUCAUCCGUUUCAAAAACCUGUAACGCCAGACUAUGAGAAAAAGAGAGCUCGUGGAGACGGUAAUGAUGAAGCCGGGAGAAAAUCUCCAGAUAGACGAAAUCUGCCUGAGCAGCAAUCUGAAGAUAACAGAACUGAAGAUGGGAAAACUGAAAAUAUAGAAAAAAAGAAAAAGAUUGUCCAUCGCCGUGUUAAUUACCGCGGUCACCACUAUGAAAUGCCGACGGUUGCAUCUCAGAUGAAGCAAGCUGGUAUGCGGUGCUACUAUGAGCAGCGAUGUACCUCAAAUAUACCAUUUAUUGUCAGCAAGAGCACCGCACCUUCACAUAACAUUGGCGUUAAUAUUCAGCAGGUCUUGAAUGGUAUGAAAAUUCAACAGCCGGUCUCCGGAAUUCCCUUUACUAUGGCUCAUCAUAUGGGAUUGGGCUACUUAGCAUCAACUGCACCCAGAAGCACAGUUCUAUCAUUGGAUAACCGGGAGAUGAAUGCUAUUCGAGUUGGAAGGCGUUUAGUCCGGUUACCUUCAUAUAAAAGGAUGGUUAUGCCAUACAAUCGUCUCUUGCACAUGUACAGUGAAGGGGAUGGUAUGGUACCACGAUUUCUGCGUGCAAUGAGUCGACCCAACUACAUAUAUACGUCAAUGUAUAACAGUCUAUCGAGGAACAGAGAUGACGCAACAUCUAAGGGACAUAGCGAGAGUCACGAGGCCAAGCAAAGUUUGGCAAUAUACGCCAAAUUGUACAGAGAGUAUGAAAGAAUAUGCAAAAGUCUCGAAGAAAAGAAUGAUGCGGACCUAGACAGCCGUAAACAACAGCUGAUGAGGGAACUCACUGCGCGCGCUGAACAGAUUGGGAAGGUCGUGGACGAGCAGGAGAAACUAAUGGACCCACUUCUAAAAGCAUCUGCAUCAAACGAAGGUCGAUAGUGGAGAGUUGUAUUUUUUUCUAAAUUACAAGUAGCAACGACAGUUUUUAAUUCUGCGCUUAUAAAGAAAGCUUAUCGACGGAUUGUUAAGUGAUGGGCUGAUUGAUCAGAACACCUUACAUUUCAUAGCAGCCAUUCAAAUUGACAUAUAUUAAUUGUAAUAGGUGUAGCUAAGAAAAUAACGGAAAGGGUAUUCUUAUAUUGGUAUCAAACUGUUUUGAAACAAGCGAAAGGAGAAAUUAUUGAUAUUUUUCUUUACAGACGUAUGAAACAGUAACUAAAGAAAUUUAGAAAUCUAAAAAUCUUUUAAAAAUCCCACUUAAGCCAUCUGCAAUAGGUCCUCUUGAUAUUUUUGUUUUUAUUAAUGAAAACUGUGCAAGCUUUGUAUAAGUUGUAAAAUUUUAAUCUAAAUAAAGUACUUGUGUAAU